AUGGAUUAUAUUAAAGUUAAGCAUUCACCUGUUAAUCAAUUCUAAAUUUCAGAUAACGAAGUAUCAAUUAAUAAUACAUUAAGUUCCCUCUUUCCUUGUAAUUUAUCAAUGAUACGGUGUUAAUGGCCAUGACUGACUUUUCAUUAAAAUGGAUUGAUUUAAAUACUCAAUAAGUUAUUUGGGAAUAAAAGAAUCAUCAUUAAAAAAGAAUAUAAUAAUUAAUAGUGGAAAACAAUGUAGCAUUCACUUGCUCAAAUGAUAGAACAAUUAAAGUUUUUGAUUUACAAUCCAAAUAAUAAAUUCAUUAAUUUAAGAACGAAAAAGAAUUUUAUUCAAUAGCUAAAUCUAAGCAUAUUUUAGCAGGUGGAAGUGAGGGUAGAAUUGAUUUCUAUGAUCUUAAUGUUAUGAAAUGGAGAUCUAGAUUUGAUUCAUCCUAAAAUGAUGAAUUAUCUUCAAUGAAUUUCCAUCCCUAAAAUUAGACACAACUUUUAUCAUCUUCAACUGAUGGUUUAUUAGUUUAAUAUGAUUUAACCCAGAAAAAUGAGGAUGAAUCAUUACAAAUGAUGAUUAGAUUUGAUUAGCCUCUGAACUCUUGUGGUUAUUGGAAUAAUUUUUGCUUUUGUGUUACAACCACAAAUUAAAUUACAAUUUUAGAUUAAUAAAAUGAUAAAAAGCUCUAUUAGUUCUAAGCAAUAAAAAAUGUAUUAUUAUUUGUUUAUAAUUUAUAGGAUGAAUUUCAUGAAGAUUACUUAAUUGAUGUAAUGGCUGAUAAUGAAUUUAAAUAUUUUGUAGGCAACGGAAAGGAAAUCUAUUAAAAAAAUGAAAAAUAAGAAAUAGUUGCCCUAUAUGGAUCAAAUUCUACUGAAUAGAUUAGACAUAUUAAACAAUUAAAAGAUUGUUAUUUGUUAUUCAGCGAAAAUGGGUUACUUGAAAUUUUAAAACCAUAACCUUAUGUUUACUAACCUUAAUCAAUAGAAUAGGAGGCAUUAGAUUUAAUUGAGGAAGAAGACAAUAGUAAAAAACAAAAAAAUAGAGGAUGAUUUUAAAUUGAUUUAUA